CUGAUGAAGAAGAUGAAUAAUGUGACAGAAUUCAUCCUCCUGGGCUUGACUCAAAACGUGGAACUUCAGAAAUUCUCCUUUUUUGUGUUUUUAAUUGUCUACUUGGUCACCUUGGCGGGCAACUUGCUCAUCAUGAUCACCAUCAGUACCAGUAGUGCCCUUGAAACCCCCAUGUACUUCUUCCUGUCUUACUUGGCCCUUAUAGAUGGCUGUUGUUCUUCCUCCAUGACCCCUAAAAUGCUCGCUGACACUCUUACUGUGAGAAAAAUCAUCUCUUUUACGGGAUGUAUGACUCAAGUCUUUGCUGAACAUUUUUUUGGUGCUGCUGAGAUUAUCCUUCUCACAGUAAUGGCCUAUGACCGUUAUGUGGCCAUCUGCAAACCCUUGCAUUACACAACCAUCAUGAGUCACCAGGCGUGUGGCCUCCUUGUAGGAGUGGCCUGGGCUGGAGCCUUUGUCCAUGCAACCAUUCAGAUCCUCUUCACAGUCUGGCUGCCUUUCUGUGGCCCCAAUGUCAUAGAUCAUUUCAUGUGUGAUUUGUACCCUUUAUUGAAACUUGUCUGCAUGGACACUCAUACCCUUGGUCUCUUUGUUGCUGCCAAUAGUGGGUUCAUCUGUUUGUUAAACUUCCUUCUUUUGGUGGUUUCCUAUGUGGUCAUCUUGCUCUCCCUAAAGACCUAUAGCUUGGAGGGGAGACGCAAAGCCCUCUCUACCUGCGUCUCUCACAUCACCGUGGUCAUUUUCUUCUUUGUGCCCUGCUUAUUUGUAUAUCUGCGCCCAGUGAUCACCUUUUCCAUUGAUAAAGCUGUGGCUGUGUUUUAUACCAUGAUAACUCCUAUGUUAAACCCUUUAAUCUAUACGUUGAGAAAUUCAGAGGUGAAAAGUGCCAUAAAGAAACCUUGGGGCCGAUCCAUUUAUGGCAUCUUCGCCAUCCGAUUAUCCGAUUCACCUGUUGAUUCUCUUUUCCAAUUAGAACAUAAACUCAAAGUAGACGUGUAUUUCCAGCACCCGGAAUAG